AUGACGACCACAAUCCCAACCCAAACCCCGCCAUCCGCCAAAAAGCCCCAAAUCAGCAUAAUCGGCUCGCUCAACAUUGACUUCGUAACAGCAACCCCGCGCUGCCCCGGACCCGGCGAAACCCUCACAGCAACCUCCCUCACCGUCUCAGCAGGCGGCAAAGGCGGAAACCAAGCCGUCGCAUGCGGCCGCUCCUCCUUCACAUCCCAAACCACCCAAGAUGUAUCCGUGAACAUGAUCGGUGCCGUCGGCGCUGAGGACCCAUACUACUCUACCCUCCUACAACCAGCCCUUGAGAAAUCCGGCGUCGACACAACAUCCAUCGAGCAAUCGACUGUCGCGCAAACCGGGUCGGCUAGCAUCAUCGUGGAAGAAGCUAUCGGCGGCGAGAACAGGAUUCUCGUCGUCCCUGGCGCAAACCAUGCCGGAUUGCUGAGUUCCGUGGAUAAUAUUCUCGCUGCGCUUAAGAGCCAGUCGAAUCCCGAUAUUGUCGUUUUGCAGGGUGAGAUCCCGCGCACCACGACACUGGGAUUGUUGGAAUAUUUCAAUGAUGAUUCCGCCUCGGACCGCGCAAAAGUGGUGUUCAAUCCCGCGCCCGUGUUUCCAGAGGGAAUCCCUCUUUCGGCGCUGCGCGGAACCGCCGUGCUUAUUAUGAACGAGACGGAGGUUGUGCAGAUGGCGCGGUCAAUUGAGGGUCUUCCUGUUGGGGAUGUUGUUGAGGGAGAUGAUUUACGACCCGAGGAAUUGGCGCCGCAGUUUCAUGAGAAAGCGGGUGUUGAGAUUGUUCUCAUUACCCUCGGCGCUAAGGGCGUUUAUUUCUCGACCAAGACAGGUCGCACUGGUAUCGUUGCCGGUGUUAAGGUUGCGAAGGUUGUUGAUACCACUGCGGCGGGUGAUACGUUUGUUGGGUAUUUCGCAACUGCCGUGGCGCGUUUCUUGGCUACGGGACGCAGCUUGGGCGCGUUUGAUAAUGAUAUCGAGGCCGCUGUUUCGACGGCGAAUGCUGCUGCUGCUAUGUGUGUGCAGCGACGAGGUGCGAUGCAGAGCAUUCCCUUUGCGUACGAUAUGGAAUGA